UGUGAACACGGCAAACCAAAAUCUCGAUGUAAGGAGUGCGGGGGGGGCACAUGCGAGCAUGGCUCCAAGAAAUCUGAAUGCAAGGAGUGCAAGAAAAAGAAAUUGUGUCCCCAUGGCAAGCCACGACCCAGAUGCAAAGAUUGUGGGGGAAGUGAUUUAUGUAUUCACGGUAGACAGAAAUCUGGAUGCAGAGACUGUGGUGGAGGCAGUAUAUGCAUACACAGGAAGCAAAGAUCUAGAUGCAAAGAGUGUGGAGGAGGCAGCAUCUGUGAGCAUGACAGAAACAGGUCACAAUGCAAGAUCUGCGGCGUAAAUAGCAGAUGUCAUCAUGAUAGGAGAAGAUCACAAUGCAAGGAGUGUGGAGGAGGAAGCAUCUGCGUUCAUGGAAGGCGAAGAUCACGAUGCAAGGAUUGCGGUGGGGGCAGCAUUUGUGUGCAUGGGAUACAGCGCUCUGGCUGCAAACCCUGUGGGGGCGGAGGCAUUUGCCAGCAUCAUAAACAGAAGUCUAGAUGCGUUGAAUGUGGAGGAGGGAGCAUCUGCGAGCACGGCAAACGACGAACUCAAUGCAGAGUCUGUGGUGGCGGAAGUAUAUGCCCUCACGACAAGCAACGAUCACGAUGUAGGGAAUGUGGAGGUGGUGGAGUGUGUAUGCAUGGCAAACAAAAAUCAGCUUGCAGGGAGUGCGGGGGCGGAGGAUUGUGUGUGCAUGGAAGACAGAAGUCUCGUUGCAAAGAAUGUGGUGGAGUUGGUAUAUGCAUCCACAAGAGGCAGCGAGGAGGGUGCAGAGAUUGCAGAGGGUCU